AUGUUAUCCAAAAAAGGCUAUUUAAUUCAUUUUAUUCGUAUAUUCUUCAUUGGUCUUUUACUGAGUAUAUGUUCAUUAUUAUCUUAUAUUUGGAAUAAAUAUCAACCAUUUCAUCUUAGUAUUGAAUUACAACGAUGUCAAUCAAAUAUAUCGCAUAUUAAUAUUUGGAAUUGGUUAAAUAAUUUUCAUUUUAUUCAAUUAUUACCUUCAUUAUCAUUUUUAUCAACAUUAACUUCAUCAAAAUGUCAUUUAUAUAUCAAAGAUAAUUAUCCAUUGAAUAUUAAUAAAUUUAUUGGAUUAAUUCAUUCGAUUUUAAUUGUUUAUCUUGUUUAUUAUCUUAUUUGUUUUUCACUUUUUCAUUCUCAUAUGAAACAUAUACAAAAUCGGCAAUAUUAUUAUGCUAAACUCUAUCGACAUGAUCAAAAAAAAUCAACAUUUAGAUGUUCAAAUCGUUUAUUGAAAACAUAA